AUGGAUGAGCGAUUUGUGAAAUUGGAGAAUGAUAUAUCUCAACUAAAAGAAUCAGUAAAGCUUGUUACUUUUCAAAAGAAUGAUGGAGAGCCUUCCAACACAUCUAAACCGCCUACUUCCAUUCCUUUAAAGCCAAAAAGAAAAGAUGAAAGCAAAGUUGGAUUCGAUUUUAAUUUCUCAAAUCUGCAUGACGUUGAUAUGGCAUUCAAUUCAAACAUUGAUUUGGAGUUAGAGACACAAGAAUACUUGCGUAAAACAUUGGAUCAGCUCGCGCAAGACUCUGUAGUUAAAAGAUUUGAUCCAAAGCAAGAGUCACCAGACAAAGAUCCGCUAGAGUUCUGUACUCCACUUACUUCCUUCCAGUCUUUUCUCAAUAAAACCCCACACUUGACCGAUGAUGACAAUGAUCCACGCUGUGCAAAUUUACCAGAUUCUUCUUUGGUACACUUCAGUCAAGAAGAAUGGACAAAAUUUCAGAAUUGGUCAAUGUCUCCAACAGAUGUUCCUAUUGGUCCUAGUGUGUUUAGUUACACAAUGGCAACUCGGAUUUUGGGACUUGGUAAAUGGUUGCAUAAUCCGGUGAGAGAUUUAUAA